CCAAUAACCCCACCCUCUUAUGCCGUUGCCUUCACGAGUCCUCCAUUUCGGCUUUUCUUCUCUUCUUUCCUAUGCAUGAGUCUCAUUAGCUCCUUGGAAAAAGGGAUUCUUUUCUACUUCAAAGAAGACCGUAUAGACAGAUAGUCUUGAGUUAUUGCUUGCUAAUACAUGCAAAUGUUUGAGGACAGAUUACCCGUAAUCUAAUCCUCAAUCAACGACUUCAUUUUCAUGUUAAAGUCUUCUUUUAUUCACACAAACGCACAUUGAAGUAGCAAGUAAUAGAAGAAAAGGAAGAUUACAGUGGUACCUUAUUGUCUACAUAAAGGAUCGUUCAAUAUUGUUCUGUACUUAUGUAAGUAAAUAUAUAUCCUCAACUUUUCUCUUCUACAAACAUCACUCUCUUUAAACCCCUAAAAGCACUGCAAUGUCAACUACUAUUGAAUCACCAAUGCACAAUCCAAUGAGUCAUCUCAUCAACAGCAUAUCUUCAUAUGACAGCAACAUAAUGCUUGCUGCAGUUAUAUCCCUUCUUGUAGUGAUCCUCUUUGUGUUGCUUCUUCACCUCUAUGCCAAGUGGUUCUUGGCACAAGCUCGAAAUAGAAGAAGAUCAAGUUCUGUGACUGCGUCUCACGUUCUACUUCCUUCAAGAUUCCACCAUCUGCAUAACUUCACUAUUGACACUACUUUCUCUACUGCUACUUCAAAGGGUCUUGAUACAUCAGUCAUUUCUUCAAUUCCGUUGUUUGUUUACAAAGCAGAAGAGUGUAAACAAGGUUUAGAGUGUGUCAUUUGCUUGAGUCCUUUUGAGGAAAAUGAGGCUGGUAGGAGCUUGACAAGGUGUGGUCAUGGUUUUCAUGUUGAGUGUAUUGAUAUGUGGUUGAAUUCUCACUCUAAUUGUCCAGUUUGUAGAGCUCCUGCUGUGGGUGAUGACAAUGGCAUUCCAAGUGAUGGAAAGUCCAUGGAGGCGAGUACUAGAGAGUCAACAGACGAUAGGGGCUUGAGUGAUGUUGGGGACUCUAGAUUGGAAAUUGUUAUUUCAAAUUCUGAGAAUGGGAAUCUUGCGGUAAACUGUGAUUGUUUAUCAGAAUCACCAUCUACUUCUUCGUCUUUGGGUUCUUCUUUGAAGAGAAUGCUGAGUAGGAAUAGAUCAGAAAGCAAGGUUUUCCCAUCAAUUAAUGUGAUUGAAUUGGAUGCAUGAGAGAUUGUCUAUGUUUAUACAGAGAGCUUGUAUAGUUGUAUAGAUGAUCUUUUGUAAGUUGAUAGAUCAUUUUUGUAUCUGAAUUCUCAUUACUCAUUAGGCCA